AUGGGCAAAAUCUUCUCCGUCGCGCUCGCCGCACUAGCAGCCAUCUGCGGCGGAUGGAGCCUCGGCCGCUCCAACCAUGGCCUGGCCUACCGGGAAGCCAGAAGUGACCGUGAGUUGAUUGGUAAUCUGGAGCAGCCGGAGGCGAAGAACAUCGGCGACUCGUGGUUGAGAGUCUCAUCAAUAAUGGCCAAAAGGGCCUGGUCUUGGGCGCCCACCAGCUCGAGAACGAUCUCGACUAUCUUAAAGGCGCUGGCAUCGAGCUCUUGUCCGAGGCUGAUUUUCCGAAAGACGGCCAGGCUCGGGCCUUCGAUUUCUUGUUGGUCCCAAUUUUUGGCAAAUGUCCCUUGCGGACGGGCUUGUCCGGGACAAUGGGUUAGUCGUGUCGUCCCUGGGGCUAGAAACACUGGCGGGCUGCGCCUGUUGAGCAACUACAGGAUCGGGUAUGAAGAGGAGCGGGCCCGUGAAGAGCCCAAUGUGCAAGGCGUGGAGUGGUUCGACGGGAACUACCCGACACAUGGUCAAGAAUUUGUGGUGUACAAUAUGGAGGAGAUGGAAGUGAGGAUGGAGGAUUAUGUUGUUUCUUGA